AUGGAGUUGUCAUCCGUGAUUACCUGCGACGAAAUUACAACGAAAUCCCACCACAAAUGGGUCGGAUUAACGAGACAACCGUGCAAAAUGGUAGCACUUACCUUUCAACAUAAAUCCCAUCGAGUCGCCCCUGCAACAAUACCACCCCAAUACGGUCGAAAGUCGUCCAAACUAUACAUUUCAUUCAAUAACAAAGCCGGGGGUUACAAGUUAUUGUUGCGGAUCCUCUUUGCAAUUGUGACUCAAGUGCCCUUAAGUGCCGAAAUGUGCCCUUCGAACGGAGACACCAGCACCAAGUGCCACAAGAUCUUCAGACCAUGGGACAGCUACCAACCAGACUCCGCCCGCCCAUCCACGCCCCUCCCUCCAGAGAAGCCCGGCUUCCGCCCCGUGGACCCCAGCUACUUCCUCCCCCCGUUCCCCGACCCUUCUCUCCUGGAGACGCUCGCCAGCGGCUACGCCCUCGAGGAGUACGCUCGCGUGCUCAACCAAGAGCACCAGGUGAAAAUCCUCAACUCCCGCAAGCAGCGCCCCAAAAAAUACAAAUGUCCGCACUGCGACGUGGGCUUCUCGAAUAACGGCCAGCUGAAAGGACAUAUCAGGAUACACACAGGCGAGCGUCCCUUCAAGUGCGACGAGAAGGACUGCGGCAAAACCUUCACGAGGAACGAGGAACUGACCCGACACAAAAGGAUACACAGCGGACUUCGUCCGUUUCCUUGCGCCCACUGCGGGAAGCGCUUCGGCAGGAAGGACCACCUGAAGAAGCAUUCCAGGACGCACUUCCAGCCCAGAGGGGUGUACGCUGUGCCGGUGAUGCUGCCGCUGGACGCAUGGGCGACGUACCCCUACGUGCCGCCCAUGUAUGGGUUCUGAAGGACG